AUAUGGCGCCGCCCGCCGGCGGGGCCGCAGCGGCCGCCGACCCUAGCUCACCUGCGGUGCUCCUGGCUGUGCACGCCGCGGUGAGACCUCUGGGCGCCGAGCACGACACCGAGGCGCAGCUACGGAGGCUGCAGUUGAGCGCGGACCCCGAGCGGCCUGGGCGCUUCAGGCUGGGGCUGUUGGGCACCGGGCCAGGGGCGAUGAGGACCACUGACCCAGCACUGUCCCCUCUUCAGGUCAGUUUAGAAUGGCCCUUGGAGUCUAUUUGCUAUACCGUCCGUGGCCCUAACCAACACGAGCUUCAACCUCCGCCGGGAGGGCCUGGAACCUUCAGUGUGCACUUCCUCAACUCUCAGGAAGCACAGCAGUGGGCGGCACUGGUGCGAGAUGCCACCGCGGAGGGACAAAAUGUCAGUGACAGCCCAGCCCCAGCCAUGUGCCCCGUUUCUCCAUCAUGCUCUGUGGCUCAAAUACCCAAAGCAACCCAACCUGAGGUGGAUCUUCUUCAGAGCUCUGGAAACUUGAGAAAAGCUGUCUGUCUCCCUGUAGAAGAGCUGGCCACAUGCCUGGCCCAGGCCAUCGCAGGUGGGGACGAGAAGGCAGCAGCCCAUGCGGCAGCAGCCCUGGCACAGCAUCACGUGGCUCUCAAUGUCCAGCUCAUGGAGGCCUGGUUCCCACCAGGUCCCAUCAGGCUGCAAGUCACAGUUGAGGAUGCCACAUCUGUUUUGUCCUCGGCGUCGUCUGCCCACGUGUCACUGCAGAUCCACCCACACCGCUCCAUUGCAGCGCUCCAGGAUCAGGUCUUCUCAGAGUUCGGCUUCCCACCAGCCGUGCAGCGCUGGGUCAUUGGGCGGUGCCUAUGUGUGCCUGAACGAAGCCUUGCUUCAUAUGGGGUCUCUCAAGACGGGGACCCCGCUUUUCUCUACUUGCUCUCAGCUCCCCGAGAAGCUUCAGGACACAGCUCUCAACCCUCCAGGAUGGAUGGGAAAUUAGGACGCUUGUUUCCUCAGUCACUGGAGCAGCCUCAUGCCCUCCAGCCAGCCAGUGCCAGUCUCCCAUGUCCCCCUCAGCCUGGCUGGUCCUGCCCUUCCUGCACCUUCAUCAACGCCUCACACCGCCCUGGCUGCGAGAUGUGCAGCACCCAGAGGCCCUGUACUUGGGAUGCCCUCACUGCAGCCUCCACCUAGAAGCCACCAAAGGUUACAGAGAACAUGACCCUCCUGUCACAGGCCCAAGUCCCUGCACCACCACCACUUGAACUUUGCUGGGGACCUCUGCUUACUGGGGACAGAGAUGCAGGGUUAGGGGACAAGGGCCACAAGCCAGUAAUUAAAGACACAUGAGAACCA